AUGUUUACUCCACGCGCCAACUUCACAGGCGAGAGAGAGAAAAACCCUAACGAUCUCAUUGAAUCCAUUCUUUCCAAACACGAUGCCGAUCUGUACAAAGAAGAACAGACCGGAAAAUCUGUCUUUAUUAUCAACUUUCAUUUUGCUCUCCUUCUUGUCGACGAUAGCGAAGAUUCGUACCCAACAGCUGGGACCAUUGGUACAACCUUUAGUUGGGGAUCAUUCGAAGAUAACCAGCUUAUUAAGACCGGAGGAUCUACAAAGUUGAAGGCUUAUAAUUUUCGACGUGAGAUGGAGUACGGCAACACGUACGAGUGGGUUGGGCGAACAAAGGCGCCGCCUGAGUACAUCGAGUUAGUCGCCAAGUUCAUCACGAACAACCAGUGGAGGGAAGAACGAAAGAACAGGAAUGCUCUCAAUAUUCUCAAAGGCUUGGGACAAAUUUCAUCGCUUGGUCGAGCAGCUGGUGCGGGAAUUUGA